AGAAUUAAGCAAAGAUAAUGGCAAGUAAAGAGAUGACGACGGCCGCAGAGCUUUACUUCGUGUUCAUGAAUCGCGAUCCCGAAUACGAGCGCCUCAGAUCCAACAGUACAAAGAAGGGAAGCCAUGAACUAGAUCUGUAUUUAAGCAAGAAACACGAUGAGUUCUUAGCCACUACCUUGGAGCCCGGCACCUACAACAAGACACUCUCGCUCGCUAUUGUUGAUGCCUUUGCUGUUCAGAUUACUGACCAUCAGGCCAAUGUGCUUAGAUCAGCCAAGGAAGUGAGGGUUGUGGAGAAGAAUCAAGAGCUUGCAUAAUCUGGCAGGGGAGGGAAGAUAGAUCUGAAACUGUUUGUGCCGGAGAAAUUGCCCCCAUAGCCUCUAUAUCUCCCGCCGCCCAUUUUUAUAGUCAUAAUUAGUAUGGAUCGGAGAUGAUCAUAAGCUAGGCACAUAGUUUAUAGUUAAAACUAAUUAAAUCCAAAUAAAUUAAGGGCAUUAUUAUUAGUAUUAUUGUAUGUAGCUUAAUUAUUAAAUAUUUAAAUGUUUGAUGCUAGUUGUUAUUAAAACCAACCCUUGUAUUUGAGCUCAUUUA